AGACCAUGCUCGAUCCACAUACAAUAUAGCUUCUUUAGUUGCUAAGGCACUCUUUAUUCCCGGUUGACUACCGGAAGAUGACCGUGGAGCAAAAAAAGUGUCAACCGAACCCGUAGACACAUUAGGAGCAACUCUUUUAGCACUAUUAUCAUCUUGUGCACUAGAAGAAUUUGUAUCACGAGGUUCUUUAAAUCCAGCUUUGACAACUUCAGAUUUCUUCUUACUAGUUUCAUAACUAGUCAAUAGCUUUUGCAUGUUUUGGCUCACCUCUUCCGGAACCAUUGAGCAUCUUGCAUUAUCCACACUAACACCAGCUAGAUGUUUUUUCAUUCUAGUGAUUCCUCCGCCUCUAAAUUCUUUUUGACAAUAGAGAUAAGUGAGUACCUCCACUUUUCCAAUCUGAUGCAAGGAACAAUGAGCCCAAGUUGGAUCACUUUUGCUUCGUACACCCUUUGCGGUAACCUUCAAAUUACUAGGAGUUGCUCUUUUAUCAACUGAUCAGGCUUCUUCCCCACUAGCCAUUGUUGCCAAAACAGUCAAAAUUCUCAUUAGAAUAAACCUAAAACGAAAAGGAAAGCCCAUAAUCAUAGUUCAAAAUUCAAAUAUGAAUGCAGCCAUGUCUCUGUGCUCUCUUUAAUUCCUAGUUCUACUUCUACACUUCAUUCGAUCCAAAACUGAUACUGGCUUGCAAUUGGGUGGAUCAAUUUUCUAAGAUUAAGGUUGUCUUUGUAUGGCAAAUAGUUAAGUAAGAAAGAACGACAGUAGUAAGUAUAAUACUUUUGCUUUUGGCAGCUGCGUUUUCAAGGCGGAUGUAGUGGUGCUAGUGAGCAAGAAACUCUACAUUCGCAUAUCUACUUCUACCAACCAAUUCGUUUAAUUUAUCAUCACACAUAAUAUAAAGAAACUUGGACUAUUUGCGGUAGUGGAGGGCAAUUGGGACAGAGUUCGUUUUCUUCUGAUAUAAUAUGGGUUCUUCUCUGUUAAUUGCGUUUUGGGUUGUGCCGUUGUGAAGAAUUCAAGAAUCUUACCUAUGUCCUAUGUCGCGCGUUCUUGAACAGUCAACACUGGAGGAGCGGAGGCCGGAGAGGAGCAAUAGAGGGGCGGAGAGGAGCGGCGUAGAGGAGCAGCAGAGGCCGGAGAGGAGCAACGGAGCGCCGGAGAGGAGCAGCGGAGCAUAUCAGGUCGGUGGAGCGGAGCAAAGCAGGGAGCGCGGCGUGUUGCCUUGCCGCCGCUCGCUGGUCAUGGGCUCGGCGGUUCCUGGUCGCCGGUCGCCAGAGGAGAAAUGGAGAAGAGGAGGAGCGCCGGAUCGAACUAAAGAAGAAGAGGAGAACUGGAGAACUGCGAAGAAGAAACGAACGCGGCGACUGUGUUUCGUUUGAUUGAUUAGGGUUUUGACAAUAUGACUUCGUUUUUUGUGUGUGCUAAUAUGACGACGUUUUCUUUCCAUUACCCUGCCCCCGGUUAGACCAAAACCGGACGGUAUUUCGGUUUAAACCGUUUAAACUUUUUAAACCGGCCGACGCGAUAUUCUGCACCCAAGCACGGUGUCGUAUCUCCCAUGCUCUGGUUCCCGGUUUUAUCGGUUCAACCGGCCGGUACGAUCCGGUUUCCUUUAUCAUGCUGAAAUCUCACCAAAAACUCCGACAACUGUCAUUUUUCAUCGAUUUCGGCGGCUUCAGACUACCCAAACCAAAAUCCAAUACUAGACCCACUAUCCCUCGUGCAGAUGAGCCUUCGCUGAACUUUUGGAGCGAUUUGGAUCAACUUUUUUUUCCGGUGAGGCGAGUUUCGGCGUGCUUCUGACGAAGCUUCAAUGAGCCUCCCUGACUAGUUUUUCGUGCAUUUUUCGACUCCUUCGCCACCUCCUCACCUUCCUCUUUGAUCCUACUUGAGUGUCCACGUGUGCUUUGAACUUUUACCUUGUUAAUUUUUGAGAAUCAGAUUAGGGUUCUAGGUGAGGGGAUUUUGUGAUUUAAUGCAUAAAUGUUGAAAUUAGGC